GAAAACAUUUCUCUUCAUUUCUUCGAUUUUCUGUCUUCCGUCAAAUUCUGAGGUUACACAAAAUCAAAAAUGGGCAAGGAUCUGAGAGACGAGCAAGUCUCUUCAAUGAAGGAGGCUUUCACUCUCUUUGACACCGACGGCGACGGCAAGAUUGCUCCAUCGGAGUUAGGGAUCCUUAUGAGGUCUCUCGGCGGCAACCCAACCCAAGCCCAGCUCAAAGCCAUCGUGGCUGAAGAGAAGCUCACGGCACCCUUUGACUUCGCUCGCUUUUUAGAUCUCAUGUCCAAGCACAUGAAACCUGAGCCCUUCGAUAAGCAGCUACGCGAUGCCUUCAAGGUUCUCGAUAAGGACUCCACCGGCUUUGUCGCCGUUGCAGAUCUGAAACAUAUUUUGACUAGUAUUGGAGAAAAGCUGGAGCCCUCCGAGUUCGAUGAGUGGAUCCGUGAAGUCGAUGUCGGGUCAGAUGGUAAGAUCCGUUACGAGGAUUUUAUUGCCAGGAUGGUUGCCAAGUGAGACACACCGUCAUUAACUAUUUGUUUGUUUUUCGAUGGAUGAUCUUUUUCUCUUUUAUUUUGGAGGAAGCUAGGGACUAGGGUUUGAUGCGUUUUUCAAUUUUCUCUCGCUUCGUUUCUAUUGAAGCUUUGUAACACACCUUCUUAGAGAAUUUGUUUGGUGUGUGCGUGGUACCUAUGUACUGUUAUUCUAAUAUUCUUGUGUUUGGUUUAAUUUUUUAUUUAUAAAUUUCUAUGUUUUCCAUCA